AUGUUCCUGGGCGGCUCUGUCCUCACCACUUUGCCCACCGAUCCAACUACGGCACAGAUGUUUUAUCUUGAUCUAUCGAGGCCCUGGCAUACCGGCAGCCCAGCCUACCAGCAACUUUCCAAUGGUUACGCGGGUAGACGGUUUGCAAGCGCACUCAUGAAGAACAAUCAAGAAUGGUUUGUCUUCAUCAACGGCACAGCCUAUAGCUAUGGCCUUGGUUCAGGCAGCUGGAGAAGACUUAAGCAAACCACUUAUGCUAAUACUGGCCUUGGACUGGCAGCCGCUACAAAUCCUGUCUCGGGUUGGGUCUAUAUUCCAAACGGAUACUAUUCCAUCGAAACAGGCAAACGGCUGAUGACUUAUGAUCCAAGAACAGAAGACUAUUAUUACGAACAAACUUCACAGCCGGACCUUGUUCAGAUGAAUAAUUACAUGGUGACAUGGGCGCCUGGGCUGAAAAGUUUAUUGGUCUUUGGCGGAUCCAUUAUUGAGACAUUUUUCACUCGCGACAGUUUAUACGCACUAAAUGAUGAAGAAGGCUGGAAGACCCUAGCAACAAACGGAUUUAGGCCUUCAGCUCGACUCUUGGGCUGCUUCAUCCCCGCGUAUGGCGGUACAAAGAUGAUUCUCUUUGGGGGCCUAGGGAAUGGCCCAUCAGCAUCAGAGCCAGGCACUGUCCUUGGAGAUAUCUAUAUUCUAGAUGUUGCAACGUUGACAUGGACUCGGGGUACUGAUGUUGGGCUGUCGGGUGCACGAGCUGGACAUGUGUGUGCCUUUAGGAACCCCACCGAAAGUCCAGAAUCGCCUAACCUGCUAGUGAUCAUUGGCGGUAGCAUUGGUAUUGUGGCCUUGCUUGCCUUCCUCGGUGCAGUAUUCUGGCGUCACAAGAAAAAUAAAGAGUAUGUCAAACCUAGUACUGGCUUAGUGGUUUCACCAGAUGUGGACCCACCUGUGCUUUUGGUCGCUCCUGAACCACUUAGCCAAGACCCGUACCGCCAUUAUGCUCCUCCUCACCAGGUAUCAACACUAAUGCAAGCACAAACCCAGACACAAGGACAACAGACAUUUCCUAAUCAAAUCCAAACACCGGCGUAG